GUGGGCCUCCUAUGGAGCCAGGCUGCUCUGGUGUGGACCGUGAAGAUGCUGCCGAGCCAGUCCAACCUGAAAAACCCAUUGCUUAUGUGAUACCUAUGAGACGGGAGCCCCCAGCUCGCACAGAGCCGGCUCAUCCUGCAGGAAGAGGCCGGCGCCGGGGAGGAAACUGGCAGGCAGGUCGAGGCCGUGGCACUGGGGUCGGGCUCCGCAGGGUCCCCCGCCAGAGAGAGGGGCCAGAGGUGUACAUCCGGCUAAACUACCGUGGAGACCCAGGCCACCAGGGGGAACCAGAAGUCAGGCAGACCCUAGCCCUCUCUUUUAUCGAAGCAGCUCCUAUGCCUGGAACUGUGCAGGAAGGCCCUGGCUCUCACGCAGCCCAGCCUGAGGUGGGGCUUCAGGAGCCGCCUCCUGCCCCUGGGCCUGCAGCUGUGGCCAGGCAGCCCAUGUUGGCCCUCUAUCCCUGUAUUGGGUUCAGGCCUCUGGGUGGCUCCGGUCUUUUGCGCGUCAUGCAGACCUCCAGUGGCACCUACGUGCACGGGGUCCCGGUGUUCCUUGCCCACAUUACACACUGACCUCUGUCACCCAUAUUGCUGCCAGCCUCCCUUUCUUCCACCUGGACUUUCCCCAGCCCCAAACUCCAUCCCCAUUUCUGUUCCAUUCCUCCCCGCUCAUCUCAGCCAGAGCCCUCACUUUGUGUUGUCAGGAGCCUCCAAGCCCUCCUCCCAGGAUCUUGACAGUAGUCCAUCUGCUUCAAUGCCCCUCUUGCCUCUGCUUUGUAUGUUCUGUCAAAGAUAUGCAUGCAUGAAGUUCCUCAACGCUUGUUCAAAUAAACAAGCAGCUCCCCAAGUCCUUUUAAUGUUCUUAUAUUAAAAGCCAAUUAAAGAUACUUGGA